AUGAGCCAGAAACAGAGAACAAACUGGAGAAACAAAGAUGAACCUGAAGAUUUGACUUUAGAUUCAGAUUUCUCACGACGAGUGAGGCAGCAGAUCACUAACAACCAAUCACGACUCACAAUAUAUAACCUGAGAGAGACAGAUGGUGGAGAAUAUCAGCUCAUGAUCAUUAUGAAGGAUGGAGUUAAACAUCUCAGCUCAGUCACAGUCAAUCUAACAGUCACAGUUUUACAGGUGAAGAUGAAUCCUGGACCUAGAGGACUACGAGUAAAACUGAGCUGUGAUUCCUCCUGCCCUUUAACAUCUGAAAAUAAAUACUACUGGUACAAGAAUGGACAAUUUUUAAGAUAUGACAGAACUAUAGUUGUAUCAUCCAGUGGAAACACUGACUAUUAUUCCUGCUCUGAGUAUAAUGCCGAGUCCUCUUCAUCUGUGUGUCUUUCUAACAGUGGUUGUUGGGGUGUGUCUUACACCUCUAGAAGAGUUUGUGCUUUAGUGGGAUCAACAGUAGAUAUUCACUCUUCAUACUCACAUCCCACUGGAUAUACAGUAGAGAAAACAUACUGGCAUUUGCCAGGUAAUUAUUAUGAUCUGCGUAAGGAUCAUCAGUUUGCUGGUCGUGUGAAGUUUUUGGGAAACACACUGAGAAUCAAAGAUGUCAGAAGGACUGACACUAGAGAUUAUCUGUUCAGGAUCAUCACUAACACAUCAGAUGAAGUUUCUGGUUAUCCUGGCGUCUAUCUUACUGUCACAGGUACACAUGUGAUAAGCAGCCCAGACCCUGUGAUAGAUGGAGAAAAAGUGAUAUUAAGCUGUUCAACCCGAUGCACUCUGGAUAUCAAACAUACUUACAUCUGGUAUAAGAAUGGACAACAGGUAACAGAUGGAUUGAGAUUAUUAAACAAGCUGUACCUGGACUCAAUCAACAGUGAGGAGCUACAAGAGUAUUCCUGUACUGGAAGAGUUGACAAAACCAGUAUAACAGUUGACAAAACCACUGUAGCAGUGGACAAUAACAAUGAAACAACUAAAAGAAACAAUGAAGAAAUGUACAGUUCAGUGUUUGUCCCUCUGCUGGUGUUUCUGGCUCAGUUUCUCAUUAUAGGAGCUGUAUGGAUCUGGUAA